UUGCAGUUUCCCGCGGGUGAAGAAGCCGCUCGUGAACAGCGGUAAAGAUGACUGAUGUGGUGCACGUGACAGCGUUGGCACCGCCUCCUCCUGCGUUGUCUCCACCCACCAGUAGACAAGCAUCACCUUUGCAGUCUUCGUCCAAUCACAGCAGCCCAACAGUGUGUGCAGAGCUGUCAGAGCAGCUGCGUGAUAAAGAGCGUCGUGUGCAGCAGCAGCUGGAGCGCCGUGCCGAGGAGCGAGGGAGGAAGAUGGAGGAGCAGAGGAGGAAGGAGCAGCGACGCCGAGCGGCAGCGGACGACAAGAGGAGGCGGCAGCAGCAGGCUGACAAGGAGAGGCUGGAGGCCCUGGUCCACCGGAGAGCCAGGGGAGGAGGAGGAGGAGGAGGAGCACCCGGAGGAGGAGGAGGAGGAGGAGGAGAAGAAGAUCCAGAAUAUCUGGACCAUAGACCUAAACGCUGGACGUGGGGAGGACCGCCUGACGGAGCAGAGGGUAACCCUAAGACCCCGCCCUGCCCUGCUAUUGGCUCUGCUCAGCCCAAUGAGCUUCCUGCUGCCGCUCCCAGUGCCAGCCAAUCCCGCAACGCUGUGGACUUCCUGUCUCCGCCCACCAUGGAUCCAUCAGUGAGCAAACAGCUGUCGAGCUCGUCAGCUGCUCUGCACUCACCUGACAGAGUGUCUUUUGUGUCUCAUCGAACAGCUUCCCCCAGCAACCACAGACCCAACAGAAGUUCCUCCAAUCGCAGGAGCAUCGCUGGGUUUCCUGACGAGACGUCCAGAGCCAAGACGCCCACGGGAGAAACUCCAAACACUCCUGUACGUAGUUCUUCAUUCAAGGCCAACAACAAAGGAACAGCUACACCAAAGCGUGUGAGGUCAAACAGAAGUCGUCCUCAGUCUCCCUGCUCCCCUGGUCAGUUCCCGCCCUCGCCGCACAGACAGAGAGGCUCCACCCCUGGGGCCGAGGACAGGGGUCACACUGAGGUCAAAGGUCACAGCACCCUAGAGAGGAAAUCCACCAAAUCCGAAAACUCGGAGAAGAAGAUUCCCAAAUCCACCAGCAGAGAACUGACCGCAGAGUCCCCGGGAACGCCAACAGGCCGGAGUGUUGGCGGGACGACAGACGCAGAGGAGGCGUCCAGACUGCUGGCAGAGAGACGACGACUGGCCCGGAUACAGAAGGAGCAGGAGGAGAGACAACGACAGGAGGAGGACAGGCUGAGGGCAGAGGAGGAGCAGAGAAGGCAGCAGGAGGCACUGGAGCGACAGGAGAGAGAGGCACAUCAGGCCGAGGAGGAGCGAGUGAGGAGGGAGGAGGAGAGGAGGGGCAGAGAGGAGGAGGAGCGACGGCAGAAGGAGCAGAGGUGGAAGGACAUGCAAGAGCAGCUGGACAGAGAGAGGGAGGAGGCGUUUCUACGAGCUCAGAGAGAAGCUGAGAGGAAGAGACAAGAGAGGGAGCUGCUGCACAUCCAGGAGGAGCAGGAGAGACUGCAGAGGAAGAAGAGAAUUGAGGAGAUUAUGAAAAGAACCAGGAAGAGUGAGGUGGAGCCCCCAUGUGGUGCCUCAGGAUCUGAGCUGAGAGCUGUGAGUUCAGCUGCUGUGGACGAGGACACAGCGACUUGUGCUGAAGCUCCGGUCAUCUCACUGGGUCCACUGGAGAACAAGAGCUGUGUGGACGAGCUGUCUGACGGUGUCCAGUCCAUGGACGUCAGUUCUCCAUCUGUCUCCAUCAGUCCAGUGUCCAGGGACGAGCAGGCCAGCACUCACGAGUUCUCACCCGUCACUGACGGCACGGACAGCUGCCCGCUGGAGCACCUGAUGGACCUGGACGCCCAGGGGCAUGUCCGUGACCUGUCAAUGGCCCCGCCCCCUUACCCAAAGCUGCUGGCCGGCAGCGGGGUCGACGACCUCAACAAGAACCUGCUGAUCCAAGCGUACAGUGCCGCCUCCGAGUCCUCCCAGCUCAUCCACAGCAUCGGCCCCAGCAAACUGGACGUCCAGUAGUCAGGGCCUUUUUAAGGAGCGAGCGACGUCACCUUCAUCUACAGCAGAAAACAGCAGCUGAACAUCUGUAUUAUCACACACACACAUACGCACACACGCACGCACACACGUGUCACUGUUACGCUUCUGGGCAAGUUUGACUCUUUAGAAACAGCAGAGGGCAACAAAACCAUGCAAGCGUGACUGUGAAGUUUCACGACUGUAAACUUAAGCUUAUCGUCAGGUUUAUUACAGAGAAUCUGGGAUUAAACGGAUUAAACUGCUGUCACACAUUUUAUCGUUUACAGAUUAAAUUUAUUAUUUUGAAUCACAGCGUGUCUCACAGAAGCGCUGAUGUUUCCCUGGCGCUUUGUCGUUAAAUAUCACAACUAUCACCUGAUACUCCCUUGCUUUCCCCUAUAACUCUCCCCGCUUCUUUUUGAACAGCUUUCAUGAAUGAAAAAACGUGUAAAUAUGAGAUUAUGAGUCCGUGAGCAGCAGCUCUGUAGCAGUUUAUGUAAACAAACAAACAGACGCUGUCCUGUGACGCCCGUGUAGCAUCUUUGUCACAAACUAGCGCUGCGUUCCAGUUGUAGCCAGAAGUCGGAUUUUCCCUAACACAGGAUUCCAAGAUGGCGGCCAUUCGUGCAAACACUGCUACUUUCCCUGAAUCACACUUUUUUGUCGCAGUAAAAACAGUCGUACAAAAGUACUUUUCCGUUUUUAUUUCCAGAACGUGUCACAAUGCUGUUUUUGUGCUUAAAAUACCACACACAGAUGUCAGCGACCUGUAUUGUCAACAAUGGCUAACCCAGGAUUUGUUACAUUAAGGUGUGACUAAUAACAUCUAAUGUAAAUGGAAUUACUGAGCUGUCUAACUAAAGCUAGAUAGCUGAGCUAAUUCAUGCUAGGUAGCCUAUUAGCUAAUGGUGCAUUCUAUUUGUAGUGGGAAGUUGUAACAUCAGAUAUCCUGGGAACCUCGUCAGUCGUACACAGAUUUUCAUUUUUAACAUAAAAAUGUUGCUACACUUUUUGUGUGCGCAAAAUGCUAACACGGAGCACUGUUAUUGACUGCUAUUGCUAACAGUGGCUAACCUGAGAAAUAUGUGUUUAUGUGGAACGAGUCACUGUCAGUUGACGUAAAUGGAAUGCACCUCAGCUGAGCUGUUUGAUGCUAGUUAUUGAAGCUAACUAGAUGAGCUGUUUGCUGGUUGUAGUGGUGUGUGGGCGUCUGCGUCUCCGAUGGAACCUGUGUGUUAAUCUCUGUCUCAUUAGAUUAGAUUAUAUAUUUAUGACCCUGCUGUCACUGAAUUCACCUCCACUUUGAGGAAAAGACAGAUAAAUAUUGUGUGUUUGUGUGAAACGAUGAUAGAGUGAACUCUCACUCACUCAUUCAAUCACCUGUCAUUGUGUUUUUAUCCCUCGACUAAAGAUAAAUACCUCACAGAUUUCAAAUAAACUCUCACAUCUCUCAGUUCUUCACCUCUGAGGCCUUAAACCUCGGUGCAAUCGACUUUUUUGUUUCAGUCUUUGUUUGUCUGUUUGUUGACUAGCAUGACUGUGCACUUUUUACACUAAAACAUCCACAAACGACACAAAUGAAGGUGGGAUUAGAACGCCAGGGCACCCAAAUUUGGAUUACCAGAGAUUUAGGGAGAUUUCCUUUAUAUUUCCAUUUAUUUUCCUAUUUUAUUUAUUUGGUUCUUUUUAAAUGUUUAAAUGUGUUAUUGACUUUAUUGACAAUGGCUAGCCUUGAGAUACGUUAGCAUCCCAGGUCCGUCUUCUGAAUUCCAAUUGGACACACCGUAGCUUAGCUUCAUGCUAGCUAACUAAUUAGCUGAGCUGUUAUGUGCUAACUAGCUAAAUUGUGGAGGGCAGCAUUACACUCUGCCAGAACAUAUUAGAACAAGAAGAACUAGCUUAAUAGCUGAGUAUAAGAGCUGUUACUUGUGAGCUAGCUAACUAGCUGAGCUGUUUCAUGCUAGUUAGCUUUUCUUCUCUGUCUCCUGCUCAGUUGGCACAUGUGAAAUAAAGAUGCUGCUGGCAGUGAAAUGAAGGUGGGAUUAGUAUUUUAGACCUUUUUUAUUAUUUAUUUUAUUAUCUUGUUUUUACAAUGUAGCACUUUGAGAUUUGUUGUUCGAAUGUAAAGUGCAAUACAAAUAAAAUCUAUUAUUAUUAUUAUUAUUAGACCUUGACCUUCACAAAGCAAAUCUAACGUCAGCAUUUUUAUAGUCUUGUGUACACUUCACAAUUCCUUUAUUCUUUUAGUUUUUAAAUGUCAUAUAUUGACUGUGUUUGGCCUGAAAAAGUUAGACUCAGCCUUAAACAUGCGACGUGUGUCAUUGUAGAACGUCAACUCAUCUUCAGACCCAUUCAAACCUUCAAGAAGUGGAGAAAAACACCUUUAUUUCUGUUGAUAUCGUGGUUAUUUGGUGCACAUUCCCACAUGUAUGAUGAAAGUGUGAUCACCGUGUUUUCUCGGUGGCUCUCCUGCUGCUCUGAGGCGUCACGUUGAAUGAAAAAAAGCUUUUUUCCCCUCACUAUUACAAAAUGUCACUGUGUCAUUUUCUGUUUUUUCUCUGUCAGGUUUCCUCUCUCUCUUCACAUAUGUUAGCUCGUCCUCUCUCUCUCUGGAUUCUGCUGUAACUCAUCGUGAGGAGGGUUUUCCUCGCUGGGUCACCCUCGUAUACAAUGACAAAAAUAAAGGAUCUGAUGUUUAAUCCUAUAUAAUGUAAAAAAAAACAAAAAAACGUGACACUGCAGCUUGGUGGAAUAUAUCAUUGUAGAUGUGGUGCAUGGAUAAACUGCUGAAAAAGAACAAUAAACUUCAUCAAGCCA